GCGGAAGAAGCUGAUCUGGAUUCGGCUAAUCAGCCUGUGGUGUGGGCGCAGAAAUCAUGUGAGCAGGCAGAUACUACUCCACCGUUCUCUGAGGAACUAGCUGAAUUAAUACACUUACCCAGCAGCCUAGAAGCCGCGUUUUUCUUGCUUUUUAUGAGUGCUUAGUGUUAUGUAAAUGCGGAAGUGGACGUGUUGAGACCUGCUCUGCUCCAUGCUGAGGUUUCUUCAUUCAGCUGUAAGACGCAUUAAUCAGCCCAGAAACACUGGUCAGUGCUGAGCAUCAGAUCUCAGAGUAGUCAUGUUUCCUGCAAAUCAGGCUUAAUUUUGUUCUUCCUCCAGCUCUACACGUUUGGAUGAAGUGCUAUCCUGUCCUGCAGAACAUUAAUAGUGUUAUUAUUAUUAUUGUUAUUAUUAUUAUUAGUGUAUGAAGAGGCUGAGCAGUGCUUCUCAUACAGAAGAACAGCAGUUUACUUCCACUGACGCUUUUGGAUUAAAGGUUUGUUGUGGGAUAAGUGUGGAAAAAUGAACACCGAGAAAGAUUUUUCCCCUCUGACCCCGAACAUUGUGAGAGCUCUCAACGACAAGCUGUAUGAGAAAAGGAAAGUGGCUGCACUGGAGAUUGAAAAACUCGUAAGGGAGUUUGUGGCUCAGAACAACUCGACUCAGAUCAGACAUGUCAUUCAGAUCCUGGCGUCUGAGUUUGCGCUCUCGCAGCACCCACACAGCCGGAAAGGAGGUCUGAUCGGCCUGGCCGCCUGCUCCAUCGCUCUCGGCAAAGAUUCUGGCUUGUACCUGAAAGAGCUUAUCGAGCCAGUGCUAACGUGCUUUAACGACUCGGACAGCCGUCUGCGAUAUUACGCCUGCGAAGCUCUCUACAACAUCGUGAAGGUGGCCAGAGGAGCCGUGCUUCCUCACUUUAAUGUGCUGUUCGACGGCCUUAGUAAGCUGGCAGCAGACCCAGACCCCAACGUGAAGAGUGGCUCCGAGCUGCUUGAUCGCCUUCUGAAGGACAUUGUAACGGAAAGUAACAAGUUUGACCUGGUGGCUUUUGUUCCUCUGUUACGUGAGAGGAUUUACUCCAACAACCAGUACGCUCGCCAGUUCAUCAUCUCAUGGAUCUUGGUGCUGGAGUCAGUUCCAGACAUCAACCUGCUGGACUAUCUGCCUGAAAUUCUAGAUGGCCUCUUUCAGAUCCUUGGAGACAGCAGCAAAGAGAUCAGGCGCAUGUGUGAGGUGGUUUUGGGAGAAUUUCUCAAAGAAAUAAAGAAAACUCCUUCCAGUGUGAAGUUUGCUGACAUGGCCAACAUCCUGGUCAUCCACUGCCAAGUGUCUGAUGACUCCAAACUGACUAACGAUCUUAUCCAGCUUACGGCUAUGACCUGGAUGAGGGAGUUUAUUCAGCUGGCAGGGCGAGUGGUCCUGCCUUAUUCCUCUGGCAUCCUAACAGCAGUGCUGCCCUGUUUAUCCUACGAUGACCGCAAGAAGAGCACUAAAGAGGCAGCGAGCGCCUGCAACCACAGCCUCAUGAAGCUUGUGACCCCUGAGGAUGAUGAAGAUGAUGAGUUGCAGACCAUGAGCUCUCCUGUGAGCACAGACACAGCCAGUAAGACUGAGGUGGAUCUUAACGAUUCACUAAACACCUCUCAGGAUUCAGUGGGUUUAAGCAACAUCUCCUUCUUCACUCCAACAGGACAUGACAGGACGAACGUGACGCUGGACCUUGACGGCAUCGUGCAGGUUCUGAACAGACAUUUACAUGACUCUUCCACUGGAAUGAUGACACGCAUCGCGGUGCUAAAGUGGCUCUACCAUCUCUAUAUCAAAACACCUCGCAAAAUGUUCCGCCAUACAGACAGUCUGUUCCCCAUGCUGCUGAAGACUCUUUCUGAUGAGUCUGAUGAGGUCAUCCUGAAAGACCUGGAGGUUCUAGCGGAGAUUGCGUCCUCCCGUGCUGGACAGACGGAAUUGUCGGAGUCGUGUGAGGGAGCCAAUAAAACUGAACUUCAUAUUCCAGAAGGAAGCAAACAAGCACAGAAACAGCUGGGGGCAGGUUCUAAAGUGGUGGACUCCUCACCCUCGACCCCCAGCAUGAACUCUUACUUCUACAAGUUCAUGAUCAACCUCUUAAAGCGCUUCAGUCUGGAGAGAAAGCUUCUGGAAACGAGGGGGGCCUUCAUCAUUAGGCAGCUGUGUCUCCUCCUGCAUGCAGAGAACAUCUUCCACUCCAUGGCUGACAUUCUGCUGAAGGAGGAGGAUCUGAAGUUCGCGUCCACCAUGGUACAGACACUCAACACUAUUCUGCUCACCUCAGCCGAACUCUUCCAGCUCCGAAACCAGCUCAAAGACCUGCGCACACCUGAGAGCUGUGCUCUGUUCUGCUGUCUCUAUCGUUCCUGGUGCCAUAAUCCCGUGGCCACGGUCUCGCUGUGCUUCUUGACUCAGAACUACCACCACGCAUACGACCUCAUCCAAAAGUUCGGUGAUCUGGAGGUGACUGUGGAUUUCCUGAUAGAAGUAGACAAACUGGUGCAGCUCAUUGAGAGCCCCAUUUUUACAUACCUGCGCCUGCAGUUGCUGGACGUGGAGAACAACCCGUAUCUGAUUAAAGCUCUGUACGGACUGCUGAUGCUGCUGCCGCAGAGCCAGGCCUUCCAGCUGCUGUCUCACCGCCUGCGCUGUGUCCCAAAUCCAGAGCUCAUGAGGACUGUGGAAGGCUCAAACCCAGCCAAACGCCCCGCCCAGCCACAGGUCGACUACAAAGAGUUGCUGCAGCACUUCGAGCAUGUGCAGAGUAAACACCGCGAGGUACGGCACCAGAGAACAGGCCACUCCGAUCACCCGGAUCGGAAGCUGGUGCUCUGAGCACUCACUGUUUUACGCUGGAGGAGACAUGGCACAAUGAUGGACCACUAAGGGAUUUUAGUGGAUUCUGCUAAGAGCAUUAGUCCUCCUGUAGGAAUGGAGGACUUCAGUGUUUCCUCUUUUAAAUGUUUAAAGUGCUUUAUCAUUGACUGACUGAGAGUUGGAAUGUAUAUAGAGACUCAGGAAACUGCAGUCACAUUUGUUUAGACCUUUUAAGCCAGUGGUUACAUCAUCUCUAGUGUUAUGCAGUGAUUUUAGCAUAGCUGCCAGUAACAUUUUAACAAUACCGCUGUCCACUAUGUACAGAAUAUUAUGUGCAUUCCCAGCUCAAGAGUCUUGUCAGGCGUCAAUAUUACAGUAGAUAUAAAACCCUGUCCUUUUAACGAAGCUGUGUGUGUAUGUUACCGUAACUAGCAUUUUGUGUUCACAACAGCGCAUGUAUCUUGUGUAGUACCAUAUUUGCAUAUCACAUUAAUGGGACACUCUCAGCUCGAGAGCAAAUUAAUACCACUGGUUUCGAUGUUCAGUCCAAUUCAGGAUCUCUGCUUUGCUUUUAUUCUUCUGCAUAAUACUCGUUUUAUGGCGUAAUCAGUGGUCUGAUACACAUGCUGCGAUGUCUUAUUUCAGUUUGAACACAACUCUGAACAAUGGCCUUAUGUGAACAGAGUGAAUUUUAGUAAUUUAUCAUGUUAUGAAGAGGUGUAUGCAAUAAAGUGGACCAUGUAUAAUCA